UUGAACUUUAUCUUCAAUGCAUGCGCAAAACAAGACACGAGAAUGCACUGGACAUCAAUGCGACGCUAAAUUCUCAUGCUGAGGCUAAUGCACGGGCGGGCGCCCCUUGCAAACAAGCUCCAGGUACCAUCAUGAUCUGAUUCGAUACUAGAUACUUUCAGAGAUUGAGCUCACCCCCGAUCUCCACUGUGCUAUCAUGAGGCUGACGUCUGAAAGGUUUUGGUUUCCUAUAAAAGCCUGAGAAUUCCCAUGUUCAGCUUCUGUCUCUCAUUUGGUUGCACCGAGUCGACUUCCUGGUCUUAUAAAAUCACUUCCACUUGAAGAUGAUAGAGCUAUCUCUUGCCAAUGGCUUUGCUGUCAUCUGUGUUGGAACUCUAACUUAUAUUAUAUCGAUGGUUUUCUACAACCUCUACCUCCACCCACUAUCUAAAUUUCCUGGACCUAAACUUUGGGCUGCAUUCCAAUUUCCAUAUCUUCAGGCAAUGUUGGCUGGCCGCGUGUCAUUCCAAAUCAAAGAGCUACACGAUCUUCAUGGACCAAUCGUUCGCAUCAGUCCGAAUGAACUUUCAAUCAUCGAUCCUGAAGCAUGGAAGGAAAUCUACAUGAACAAGGAAUUCAUCCGUCCUCCUCAGUUUAGAGAGCGUCCUCCUGGGGUCGAAGCACACAGCUUCAUCUCAGCUGGUGUUGUUGAUCAUGCUCGGUUCCGAAAAGCCAUCGCUCCAGCAUUUUCGGAGAAGGCAGUACGGCUACAAGAGCCAAUUAUUACCCAGUAUAUUGAUCUCAUGAUCAAAAAGCUCAGAGAAAAAGUUGAAGGCAAGACUGACUUAGUAGUCAUUGAUGUCGUCCAAUGGAUUAACUUCACCACAUUUGACAUAAUCUCCGACUUGGGGUGGGGAGAGUCGUUCCACUGUCUUGAGAAGCAGGAUUACCACCCAUGGAUGACUGUAAUCCUUCAAUUCAAGGCACUCCUCAUCGGCAUGUCGAUAAACUACUAUCCUUUACUCAAGACUCUAGUCUCAUAUAUUACUCCCGCCUCUGCGCUCGCGGGACUGAAACUCGUCUUGGACACAUCAGAACAGAACGUUAAAGCUCGACUGGCGCGCAAGACGAACAGACCAGACAUGAUGUCCUACAUCUUAUCACACAACGAAUCUUCUCCCACAGCACGAAUGACAGAGGACGAGAUGAUUGCCAAUUCAAUGGCUGUCAUUGUUGCUGGGUCAGAGACUUUGACUGCUGCACUUGCUGGGACAAUCAAUGCUCUUCUCACGCACACUAAAGAGCGAGAGACACUCGUCCAGGAAAUAAGAUCCAGCUUCAAAAAUGAGGAAGAUAUAACUGCACAAUCAAUAAAACCACUCCCAUACUUGACAGCAGUGCUGCAAGAAGGAAUGCGCCUCUACCCUCCUUUACCAGAUAAUAUGCACCGCUCUGUACCCACAGGCGGGGCUAUCAUCGCCGGCCACCAUCUCCCAGAAGGCGUCGCAGUCGGCAUGCCCUGCUACUCCACUUUCCGGUCCCAGACCAAUUUCUCUCAACCAGACGAAUUCCUGCCCGGUCGCUGGCUUCCCGAGCACCAAGAAGAAUUUCCCAAGGAUAAAAAAGAGGCAUAUAAUCCAUUUAGCUUAGGUGUGCAUGGAUGCCUCGGACAGCAGCUGGCUUGGGCGGAGUUGAGAGUCAUUCUUGCGAGAUUGGUGUGGAAUUUCGAUAUAGCGAUACCGGAAGGAAAGAAGCCGUUGGUUUGGGAGAGUCAGAAGAUCUUUUGGGCUUGGCAGAAGGAUGGAGUAGAUGUGCAACUGAGCCUUGCGGCUCGAUAGGGGAGCAAUGCUGAGGUAAAUUGAGGAGUGUACUAUAGAGUUCGAAGUUGUUAGCACUCGAAUGUCAAUGGAU